AGAGCUGCAUGGGGAGACGCUGCUGCAGGUCCGAUUUCUUGGUGUCUGGUCGGUGCCAUUUCCCCGCCCCUCCCCCGCCCUCCCCAAGCUGGUCACUUCCCCUCCCCCCCCCCCUCCCCACCGAGGGGGCAGGGGGCUGGGCACGAAGUCUCUAUGGUGCCAUGUGUCGAUGCUGGGCGGCGGGGACCGGGGCCAGGGCGGCAGCAAGAGGAGGCAGUGAAGCCGGGACAGUGGCGGUGACCGCUGACCGCUAGCCCGGCGGCUCCUCCGCUCCCUCCCGCCCACCUCCUUCCUUCGGGGCUGGCACCCGGACCCACCCCCACCCCCUCCCCGCCUCCUCGGGCCCUCCCAGCCUCUCACGUAAGCCUCCCCUCCCCACCUGCCUGGUGGUUCCCUCCCCUCCCCCAUCUGCACCCUCCUCCUCCUGUCCCCUCUUCCUCUGUCCCUCAGCAAGCUGUCCCCUCCUCGCCUCUCCCCAUCCCUCACUGGCCUGCUCCUGCUCCCCUUCUCCCAUCCUCCCUUCCCCCCGUCUCUGUUCAGCCGGCCCCUUCCGGACUCCCCAGUGUCAUCGGACUCCCUUCUCGGCUCUGGUGCCCUGGCCCCAUCCCGUCCCCGCCCUGUCCCCUUUGUGCCCCUACCCGUUGUUUUCUCCGUCCUUCCUGGGCUUGGCGUCCCUUCUCCACCCCUAACUCCUUCCGCUUGGCCUUCCUGCCCCUUCACGGCCCACCUGCCUCCCUGCCCAAGUCCUGAUCCACCAUGCUGACCCCGAUGGUGGCCGGGGGGGUGGUGUUCCCCGGACUCUUCCUCCUCUCCAAGAGCACGCUCCAGAGGCUGCCCCAGCUGCGCUGGGAGGAGGCCGACGCGGUCAUUGUCUCAGCCAGGCUGGUGUCCUCUGUCCAGGCCAUCAUGGCUUCCACCGCCGGCUACAUCGUCUCCACCUCCUGCAAGCACAUCAUCGAUGACCAACACUGGCUGUCCUCUGCCUACACGCAGUUUGCUGUGCCCUACUUCAUCUAUGACAUCUACGCCAUGUUCCUCUGUCACUGGCACAAGCACCAGGUGAAAGGGCAUGGAGGGGACGACGGUGCGGCCAGAGCUCCGGGCAGCACAUGGGCCAUCGCGCGUGGCUACCUGCACAAGGAGUUCCUCAUGGUGCUCCACCACGCCGCCAUGGUGCUGGUGUGCUUCCCGCUGUCGGUGGUGUGGCGACAGGGGAAGGGAGACUUCUUUCUGGGCUGCAUGUUGAUGGCAGAGGUCAGCACGCCCUUCGUCUGCCUUGGCAAGAUCCUCAUCCAGUACAAGCAGCAGCACACGCUGCUGCACAAGGUCAACGGGGCCCUGAUGCUGCUCAGCUUCCUGUGCUGCCGGGUGCUGCUCUUCCCCUACCUGUACUGGGCCUACGGGCGCCAUGCCGGCUUGCCCCUGCUGGCAGUGCCCCUGGCCAUCCCAGCCCAUGUCAACCUGGGCGCCGCGCUGCUCCUGGCACCUCAGCUCUACUGGUUCUUCCUCAUCUGCCGCGGGGCCUGCCGGCUCUUCUGGCCCCGCUCCCGGCCGCCCCCGGCCUGCCAGACCCAGGACUGAGGACCCUCCCCCUCCCCACCCUCAGCCCCACGGGGACAGGGCUCUAGGGCUCUGGGGCUGCUGGCAGGGUGUGGGAGCCAGGGCCCUCUUGUCCGGAGAGCCCCAGGACUGAUGAAGAGCCCGAAAGGGAAGAGGCGCCAUCUCUCAGGGGCUGAGGGCAGGAGACAGGGGACCUCUUCUCCCCACCGUGCCCACUUCCUGCACACCCCUGCGCUGGAGGAGGGGCGGGGGCACCACCUCCCACCCACUGAGGGUGGGAGGGCUUGUUGGGGGGGAGAUCGACAGGGUUUCAAGGGGAACCAGGAGUCAGGAUGUCGGAAGGCACUGCUGCCAAGGCCAUCCCAGCCCCUCCGCUGCCACCCCCCACCCAGGCUCCCCAUCACCUGGGAGGAGAGGACGCCCCAACUAACCCCCACUGGCCCUCGGGUCUCCCAAGUGACCCGUGGCUCCUCUCCAGUUAGGUCAGCUUGAGGAAUCUUAUUUAUUUUAUUUAUUUACCCAAAUUUGAACUAGUCUGUUGGGUUGGGGUUGGAAGGUGGCUGCUACCUGCAAGCCUUCCCAGUGCUGACAACCCCGGGGGCAGGCGAGGGGCACCCCGUCCCUCACCAUCAGCUGCACAUCGUGCCCUCGAGCCCUGGCAUGUCCCUGGUGCUACUGACCUCUCAAGGCUUCCUCCAAUCUGGGGUCGGGGGACCCUGGGAGGUGCUUUACAGACCGCUAAUAAAAGACGAUCUGCGUGAACGUGAACGCCA